AUGGAGCGUAGGAUAUUAUUCUUCAUCAAGUCCUGGGCAGCAGUAGGGCUGGUGGCUGCCGUUCUUUUCGGUGCGUGUCCGAGCGGACGGUGGAGCGUUCGGGUCGAAGGAACAGAAAUUACACCCACAUGCACUCAAAGGAAUGAGAUGACCACUUGUGUCUGCUCAGCAGAGGGAGGUGUUACAGAAGAAGCAGGCGAAUCAACAUCCGCCGCAACGGUGUCCGAGUCAAUCAACGGGAUCACUAUACAGUGUCCUUCCACAGAGUUCGAGUUUGCGCCCUCGAAAGCGACGGACGUAUGUUUUACAGAAGACAAUACCGCCAGCCUGAAAGCGUGUAAGGACAGUCAGAAGUCCUCCUCCAUCAAAGAAUUUUUGAACCUAGCGUCGGACAGCACCUCUCCCCAGUGGACGGAGGUCGAGAGCCACAACUACGUGAAGACUCUAACGCUUGCACCAGCAACCUUCCCCCUUACCGACAAACACUUUUUCGCCGGCUGCCUAAAAACAAAAGCCGAGAAUGACGAGUGCGUGGUGAAGGUCAGCGUCAAGGCCAGGACCUCGGCUGUGAAAGACGGUGUCCUCAUUUGCGCCUACGGCGAAGAGAGCAACUCGUCUGUUCCAGAAGCAGCACUGAAUUCCGAGAACAACUCGCUAACGAUCCUGUGUGGCAGUGAGGGACAGAUGGAGCCAACCAAGGAAUCCUUGACUGCCUACCACUGCACGGACUCCAACACAGAUGAGUGCAAGAUCGUGAACCUCACUGAGGUCAUGCCGACCUUCACAUCGAGCUGGUGGACAACGGAUGAGCUGAACUCCAAGGCACCGAAACUGGUGAUUCCGGAAGACGGCUUUCCUGCCCAGGAAGAAACGAUUCUCUUGGGAUGCAACCUAAACAACAACGUUGUCUCGAGGCAUGAGGACGAUAAUGGAACCACAGCUGCUCAGCUGCCGACAUGCAAAGUGAAGGUGACACUUGCCGCGAGUUCGUCCCGGUCCCAGGCCUCGAGCGUUUCCUUCCGCGGAUUGUUUGUGUUGGUCUUCGUUCCCCUUGUUCUUCUUGGCACAUGCUGA